CUCCCCUAUAAACCAGAUUCAGAAGACUUUGCCUUAUUGGUUUGUUUGGACUGUCAAACUCUCGCAACUCUCCAAAAGUUCCCAACUUCACAACUCUACUGGGUUCUCACUCACUCAGUCCACCAUGAACAUCUUCAAGAAGAAGACCUCGCCCAAAGAGGCUCUCAGGGAAAGCAAAAGAGAAAUGAGUGUUGCUACAAGAGGUAUUGAACGUGAGAUCGCAUCUCUUCAGUUGGAGGAGAGGAAAUUGGUGGCGGAGAUUAAGAAAACGGCUAAAACUGGAAACGAGGCUGCCACAAAAAUCCUGGCUCGUCAGCUCGUUAGGCUACGCCAACAGAUUACUAACUUGCAAGGAAGUCGUGCCCAAAUAAGAGGUGUAGGUACCCAUACACAGGCAUUAUACGCAAGCACUUCUAUUUCCACAGGCAUGAAAGGUGCAACUAAAGCAAUGGUGGCAAUGAACAAGCAAAUGGCACCUGCAAAACAAGUCAAAGUGAUUAGAGAAUUCCAGAAGAACGCAGCACAAAUGGAUAUGACGAUAGAAAUGAUGUCAGAGUCUAUUGAUGAAACCUUGGACAAAGAUGAGGCUGAAGAGGAAACAGAGGAGCUCACUAACCAGGUGCUCGAUGAGAUUGGUGUUGAUAUUGCAUCCCAGUUAUCUUCAGCUCCAAAAGGCAGAAUUGCAUCAAGAAAUACUGUAAAUGUAGCUCCGAGGAAUGCUGAAAAUGUGGCUUCAAGGAAUGCUGAAAAUGUAGCUCCAAAGAAUGCUGCAAAUGUUGUUAACAGUUCUGAAUCGCCCGACGUUGAGGAUCUUGAGAAGAGGUUGGCCUCUCUGCGACGUUUGUGAUCCCGUUAAGCAUUCGGUGCACACACCUUGAUCAUCAUCAUCAUAAUACAUCAUUCGUGUAAAUUUAAUCAACUUACAAAGCAAAACCAUAAGAAAAGAAGAAUAUAUUGUAAUAAUAGUGGGACUCCCUGGAUGAUAUAUUUGUUUUAGCAAUUAUUUGGAUUGGAUGGAGACGGAUUCUACUAUAUAACAACCAAAGUUGUUAGACUCUCGUA